GGUAUAAAGGGAGAGGGAGAGAGACAGACCUUUAUCCCAGGGACCCUGAGAAGAACAAGAUGAAAGCCAUUAUCCUGCUCGCUCUGCUAGCCGCCGUCCUGAUUCAGGAUAUAAGUGCAGCUCCGGUGCAGCCUGAGGGAACAGAGCCUAAGAGUCUUCUUCAACGUAGAGGUUGCGUUAUCUGGUCCUGCUUUGGAAAAAGAGAUACAGACAAACCUGAGGCAAAUGGGGAAGGUGAAGCUCUGGUGAAACCUGAGGAAACUGAUAUAAGUGCAGCUCCGGUGCAGCCUGAGGGAACAGAUAUAAGUGAAGCUCUGGAGCAGCCUGAGGAAACUGGGGAAGGUGAAGCUCUGGUGAAACCUGAGGAAACUGAUAUAAGUGCAGCUGCGGUGCAGCCUGAGGGAACAGAUAUAAGUGAAGCUCUGGAGCAGCCUGAGGAAACUGAGCCUAAGAGUCUUCUUCAACGUAGAGGUUGCGUUAUCUGGUCCUGCUUUGGAAAAAGAGAUACAGACAAACCUGAGGCAAAUGUGGAAGGUGAAGCUCUGGUGAAACCUGAUGAAACUGAUAUAAGUGCAGCUCCGGUGCAGCCUGAGGGAACAGAUAUAAGUGAAGCUCUGGAGCAGCCUGAGGGAAUUGAGCCUAAGAGUCCUCUUCACCGUAGAGGUUGCGUUAUCUGGUCCUGCUUUGGAAAAAGAGAUACAGACAAACCUGAGGCAAAUGGGGAAGGUGAAGCUCUGGUGAAACCUGAGGAAACUGAUAUAAGUGCAGCUGCGGUGCAGCCUGAGGGAACAGAUAUAAGUGAAGCUCUGGAGCAGCCUGAGGAAACUGGGGAAGGUGAAGCUCUGGUGAAACCUGAGGAAACUGAUAUAAGUGCAGCUCCGGUGCAGCCUGAGGGAACAGAUAUAAGUGAAGCUCUGGAGCAGCCUGAGGAAACUGAGCCUAAGAGUCUUCUUCAACGUAGAGGUUGCGUUAUCUGGUCCUGCUUUGGAAAAAGAGAUACAGACAAACCUGAGGCAAAUGUGGAAGGUGAAGCUCUGGUGAAACCUGAUGAAACUGAUAUAAGUGCAGCUCCGGUGCAGCCUGAGGGAACAGAUAUAAGUGCAGCUCCGGUGCAGCCUGAGGGAACAGAGCCUAAGAGUCCUCUUCACCGUAGAGGUUGCGUUAUCUGGUCCUGCUUUGGAAAAAGAGAUACAGACAAACCUGAGGCAAAUGGGGAAGGUGAAGCUCUGGUGAAACCUGAGGAAACUGAUAUAAGUGCAGCUGCGGUGCAGCCUGAGGGAACAGAUAUAAGUGAAGCUCUGGAGCAGCCUGAGGAAACUGAGCCUAAGAGUCUUCUUCAACGUAGAGGUUGCGUUAUCUGGUCCUGCUUUGGAAAAAGAGAUACAGACAAACCUGAGGCAAAUGGGGAAGGUGAAGCUCUGGUGAAACCUGAUGAAACUGAUAUAAGUGCAGCUCCGGUGCAGCCUGAGGGAACAGAUAUAAGUGCAGCUCCGGUGCAGCCUGAGGGAACAGAUAUAAGUGAAGCUCUGGAGCAGCCUGAGGGAACGGAGCAUAAGAGUCUUCUUCACCGUAGAGGUUGCGUUAUCUGGUCCUGCUUUGGAAAAAGAGAUACAGACAAACCUGAGGCAAAUGUGGAAGGUGAAGCUCUGGUGAAACCUGAUGAAACUGAUAUAAGUGCAGCUCCGGUGCAGCCUGAGGGAACAGAUAUAAGUGCAGCUCCGGUGCAGCCUGAGGGAACAGAUAUAAGUGAAGCUCUGGAGCAGCCUGAGGGAACGGAGCAUAAGAGUCUUCUUCACCGUAGAGGUUGCGUUAUCUGGUCCUGCUUUGGAAAAAGAGAUACAGACAAACCUGAGGCAAAUGUGGAAGGUGAAGCUCUGGUGAAACCUGAUGAAACUGAUAUAAGUGCAGCUCCGGUGCAGCCUGAGGGAACAGAUAUAAGUGCAGCUCCGGUGCAGCCUGAGGGAACAGAUAUAAGUGAAGCUCUGGAGCAGCCUGAGGGAACGGAGCAUAAGAGUCGUCUUCACCGCAGGGAAUGCCUUUUCAUCAACUGUUUGAAAAAAAGAGAUACGGAAGCAAAUGAGCGUAAAAUCCGUCGUCCCGUUCGAUCUCUUGCUAAUUAAGACCCUAUGCCAACCGGGGAUUAGAGUCUUCAACAAAUGUUGAUGUGAUUUCAGAUGUGAAGCUAAGGAAAGGCCUGAGCCAUGGACACUAAAUGUUUAUUUUCCAUUAAAUGUCCUCAACUCCCAAAUAUCAGUUCAUCUCCCUUUCCUAAUGUGAGUCGUGUCCUUAUCCCCGGCAUGCCGCGCCUUAUUCCUUUAUGGCCCCUGAUACCUCUUUAUCUUUCUUUUUAUCUGCCUGACCCCUUCCAAGUGACAUACAACUUGAUGCUAUUGUUACCAUAUCAAUAAAAAUACAUUAUUAGA